ACCUGGGAGGGGUGACCAAGUCCAGGUGUGAGGCCACUGAGUGUGGGAAGAAGGGUACCCUGAGAAAGGGAAGAGGUAGAGUCGCUGCACAAGUGCAGCGAGCGGGAAGGUACACCGGAGCCGCUUCCCGCCGCCUCCAGCCUCGGCAGCAGCAGGAACAGCAGGGGGAGGAGCAACAGCUGCCAAAUUCGCCAACUGGAAGAGGGGGAGGCGGAGCUUGAGUCCCUGUAGAAGCUGAAGGCACAGCCUGGACUGUAGUUUCCCGGGAGAGACCAGAGCAGGAACAGGAGCGGAGCAGAGUGCAAUCUUCCGAGCAUCAGCUCCAGCAUCCCGCCAGGGGUUGAAGGUGUGUGGGAGGACUGAUGAGGAUCUUCUGAUGCAAAAUCCUGUUGGAAAUGAACUGUUCUUCAGUUAAAUGUGUUUGAACCUAUUCCAGUAUGGCUUUCCUUGGACUAUUCUCUUUGCUGGUUCUGUACAGUAUGGUGGUAGGGGCCACUUUCUCUGAAGAAACCAUUGCUGAGUUGUCAGUGAAUAUGUAUAACCAUCUUCGAGUCACUGGGGAAGAUGAAAAUAUUCUCUUCUCUCCACUGAGUAUUGCCCUUGCAAUGGGAAUGAUGGAACUGGGUGCUCAGGGUUCCACUCUGAAGGAAAUCCGUCAUUCAAUGGGAUUUGACAGCCUGAAAAAUGGAGAAGAAUUUUCUUUUUUGAAGGAUUUUUCUAACAUGGUAGCUGCUGAAGAGAACCAAUAUGUGAUGAAAAUUGCCAAUUCCCUCUUUGUGCAAAAUGGAUUUCAUAUCAAUGAUGAGUUUUUGCAAAUGAUGAAAAAAUACUUUAAUGCAGAAGUAAAUCAUGUGGACUUCAGUCAAAAUGUAGCAGUGGCCAACCACAUCAAUAAGUGGGUGGAAAAUAACACAAAUAAUCUGCUAAAGGAUUUGGUGUCCCCAAGGGAUUUUGAUGCUGCCACUCAUCUGGCCCUCAUUAAUGCUGUCUAUUUCAAGGGGAACUGGAAGUCACAGUUUAGACCUGAAAACACUAGAACCUUUUCCUUCACUAAAGAUGAUGAAAGUGAAGUCCAGAUUCCAAUGAUGUAUCAACAAGGAGAAUUUUAUUACGGGGAAUUUAGUGAUGGCUCCAAUGAAGCUGGUGGUAUUUACCAAGUCCUAGAAAUACCAUAUGAAGGAGAUGAGAUAAGCAUGAUGCUGGUACUGUCCAGGCAGGAAGUUCCACUGGCCACUCUGGAGCCAUUGGUCAAAGCACAGCUGAUUGAAGAAUGGGCGAACUCUGUGAAGAAGCAAAAAGUGGAAGUAUACCUGCCCAGGUUCACAGUUGAACAAGAAAUUGACUUAAAAGACAUUUUGAAGGAUCUUGGAAUAACUGAAAUUUUCAUCAAAGAUGCAAAUCUGACAGCCCUGUCUGAUAACAAAGAGCUAUUCCUUUCCAAAGCAAUUCACAAGUCUUUCAUAGAGAUUAACGAAGAAGGCUCAGAAGCUGCCGCUGCCUCAGGAUUGAUUGCAAUUAGUAGGAUGGCCGUGCUGUAUCCUCAAGUUAUUGUGGACCAUCCAUUUUUAUUUCUUAUCAGGAACAGGAGAACUGGUACGAUCUUAUUCAUGGGACGAGUCCUGCAUCCUGAAACAAUGAACACAAGCGCACAUGAUUUUGAGGAACUUUAAAUGACUUAAUUUGAGUAACAAGAAAAAACGCAACGAAGCACAUUAUGUUUGCAACUGAUCUAUAUUUAGGAUUUGUGUUUUACAAUAUAUCUUAAGAUAAUGUUUAACAUAGCUCCAGAUAGAAAUGAUAUAUGUGAAUUAUAGGUCAACCUGACAAGGAAUGUUAUCAGUAUUAAGGUAGUGGUCCUGUUAUGUCAUUGUGUUUGCUGUGCUGUUGUUUAAAAUAAAAAUACAUAUUGAACAUGUAAACAGUUGUUUUUCAUU